AUGUCGAGCUACGGCACUCCUCGGCCCACCCAGGCGAGGCCGCCAGCCCGUCCGACCCAGGCCCCGCUCGACGGGCCCUCGCUCCUCUCGACCCCUCAUCGCACCCCGUCCGCACUCCGCCCAGCUCUGUUCCACCCGCGCUCAGACCUCCCAGCGAGUCGUACCCUCACCCCAACCACCACCACCACCCUCGCGCACGCCCACGCCCGCGCCCUGGCGACCGCCCCUCGCCCCACCACGUCCCACGCCCACUCGAACCCGUUCGACGCCCUCCCCGCCGCCGCGUUCGACUCGUUCGUCUCGUCCCUCACGUCGUCGAUCCGCGCCGCGCUCGCCCCACCUGUGCCCGCCGCCGAGCUCCCGAGCGCGCGCAGGCGCCGACAGCGCGACGAGCAUGCGCGCGAGAGGGACGAGGCGAGGAGCGAGAGGGAACGGAGGGCGAGGGAGAGGGAGGAUGAGAAGGCGAGGGAGAGGGAGGAGAGGGACGAGCUGCGCGGGACCCAGGGCGACGAGGACGACGAGCGCGAGGACGUCUUUGGCGAGGUCAAGGAGGUCCUUCCUCCUGCCGCCGCGUCGUCGACCUCUGCGUCCGACGACGGCUUCCGCCAAGACGACCGCGACGACCUCGCAACCGAGCCCAUCGUCCAGGACUUCGCCCUCUCGCCCUCGCCCUCGCCCACCCACUCCGACUUCCGCUCCAGCACCUCGUCCCGCUCGCCCUCUUCCGCCCCUGCCCCAGCCUCGGCCCCGCUCGAGAUGCGCCAGGUCCCGUCCGCCCCCGUCUACCAGGACCAGCCGCACCCGGCGCGCGAAAAGCCGCUGUUCGUCCCGCGCAGCGCAGGGAGCGCGUCGGCGUCGGAGCACGAGGGGCUGCUCGGGCUUGAUGGGGGCGAGGGCGAGGACGGCGAGGAAGCGUGGGAGGGAGAGGGUGGGCACGGCCGCGAGGGGACGUACGGGCUCGAGACGGCGCCGUCGCUGUCGCGGUCGCCCUCGCGCUCGCCGUCCAUCGAGCCGGCCGGGGCGGGCCAGCAUCCCGCCGCCGCCGACGCCGAGAUGGACGUCGACCGCUCGUACGACGACGACGACGAGCGGGCGCAGCUCGCCGAGGACGAGCCCGACCUCUACGUCGACGUCGACGCCGACGAGCUCGUGUCGGACGAGCACAGCGACGACGAUGACGACGAGCCCGAGCGCGUGCACCGCGACCCGUUUGGCCGUCCCGUGCGCUACGCGCACCCCGACCUCGCCGAGUACGACGACGACGACGACGACGACGCGCCCGAGCUCGAGCCCGUGCAGGACGACCUCGAGGUCGCGGCCGACGACGAAGCGCCGACCAAGCGCACCAAUUCGGGCACCGAGCUCCUCGAGCUCGGCUCGUCGUCCGACCUCGAGCCCGAGCCCGAGCCCGUCGCGCAGGCGCAGGCGCAUGCGCCGCCGGCCGAGGUGCCGGCGCUCGGGCGGCACCGCGCGAGAAGGGCGGUGUAUGGCGCGGUGGGCGGCGAGGCAGGGCGAGAGGAGGAGGAGGACGAGCUGGAGGACGAGCUGGAGGACGAGCUUGAGGACGAGGGACAGGGUGCGGGCGACGCGGGCCCGGUCGCGGUCGAGCAGCCGCACCUCGUCGAGGCCGACCUCGUCGUCGGCGCCGAGCUCGCGCUCGCGGGCCCCGACGAGCACCAGGCGAGCGCCGCCGCGCUCCCGUUCGCCGCAGACGCCGCCAUGCUCGACGCGCUGCCGCCCUGGCUCGCAGCGGGCGUCGGGCUCGCGCCGUACGGCAGCGGCGACGGCGAGUCGACGGGCCCGGCGACGCUCGAGCUCGGUGGCGACGACGAGGACGAGGACGAGGAGGGCGGCGGGGCGAGCAGCGCGGCGUGGGCCGACGUCGAGGACGAGGGGCAGGAGGACGAGGAGCUGGACGAGCGCGAGGGCGAGGUGCGCGAGGGAGAGUGGUACGGCGAGGGGAUCCCGGGCGAUGAGGUCGAGAUGGGGCGCGAGGAGGAGGGCGGGAGCGGUGCGAGCGCCGGCGCGAGCGGGAUCGAGGGCGCCGACGCCGAGAUGGUGGCUGGCGAGCCCGAGCUCGUCCUCGAGCGCGACGACGACGAGAUGCUCGUCGAUGAGCCGGCGACGUCGCGCAACCCGCUCGAGGGCGUCUACGCCGACGAGGACUCGGAGGACCUUCGCCCGCGCAUCCCCUACUCGGCAAAGGGCAAAGCCCGUGCGCCACCGACGCCCUCGGACCUCUCCCGCGCCGAGUCGCGCUCCCCUCGCGCCCUGUCCGCCUCGCGCUCGCCCUCCCCUUCCGCCUCGGCCUCGGACGACUCGCGCUCGUCGUUCGACCUCGACGCCGCCCUCGCCGACUGGGCCGCCAGCGGCGCGCCCACCCUGCGGACCCUCGAGCCGUCCGACCUGUUCGCCAUGCACGACGAGCUCGUCGUGCAGCUGCAGCGCGCCGUCGAGGCCCGCAGCGAAGUCGGCCUCCUCGUGUUGAAGCAGGUGCAGGACGUCGAGAGGGUGUUUGAGGAGAUGACGGGGCAGGCGAUUGACCCGAGCGAGGACGACGAGGACGAGGCCGAGGACGAGGUCGGCGAGGGGCGGUACGGCGCGGGCCUGCCGGGCCCGGAGCAGCUCGCGCUAUCGAGCGACGACGACGACGAGCGCGCCAUGUCGGGCGACGAGGACGCCAAUGACGACGGCGGCGAGACGUUCGCCCUCCCCGGCUCGCCCCUCUCGGCGCGCCUCUCGUCCUCCGCCUCGCCCCCUCCCCCUCCUUCCACCUCGCGCUCGCACGCCGCCGACAACGACGACGAGCCCGACACGGCCGACCGCUCGGCCUACUUCCCCGACCUCGAGCGGCGCGGCACUGACGCCGCCGACGCCGAGUCGACGGCGGCGCACGCGGCGGCCGAGGCGCGCCUCGACGAGAUCGCGGGCGAGCUCAUCGAGAUGCGCGAGGGCGGGUUCGUCGGCGAGCUGCGCGUCGAGCGGAGCGGGAUGGAGGAGCUGGAGCUCGAGGAGGAGGACGAGGACGAGGUCGUCGUGGCGAGGGGCAGCUCGGUGGUCGAGGUCGAGACGGAUGGCGAGACCGUGCUCCCGUCCGAGGUCGUCUCGGUCCGCGGUACGAGCGUCCUCUCCGACCGCAGCCUCGCCUACCUCGACGUACAAGCCCUCGAGUCGUCCGUCGCCGCCGACAGCGCCGACGACGAACCCGCUCGUCGUUCGCCCGAGCCGCUCCAGCCCGCCGAGCUCGUCGACAUCCCGGUCGCUCCCGAGCACGCCGCCGUCGAGCACUUGGCACCGGACAACGUCGACAUGGACGAUGGCGACGACGACGAGCUGCUCAUCGUCGAGGAGGCGACCGCCACCGAGACGAUCGACCUCGUCGAGCAGCCCGCCGAGCUCGGGCGCCCCGUCUCGCUCGAGGCGCCCACUCGCACCGAGCACGUGCCCUCGUCGUCGACGACCGAGGCCGACGUCGAGCAGCCGGCGCGCCACGAGGUCGCCGAGUCGACUCGCGCCGAGGACGAGCUGGCGCCCGACGUCGCCGCCGACGAGCCGCAGGAGGACGUGCUCGCCGCCGGGCCGCCCGUCGUCAAGGACAACGCACUCGACGUUGAGCGUGUCGAGACGGAACCUGUCGCUCUCGAGCCUAUCGUCCUCGAGCCCGUCGUCGCCCAGCCGCCCACGGCGCACGCCUCAUUCGCGCCCUCGGCCCCGGUCGACGCCGCCUUCGACACGCCGCUCGUCCCUUCCACCGACGUCGCCGCCUCGACCGGCGAGCCUCGCGUCCCGCUCCCGACCAUCUCGGCACCGCACCUCUCGUCGCACUUCCGCCUCGAGGACCGCCCGGCCAUGUCGCUCUCGUCGCCCAUCCCGUACCCGCCCGUGCGGUCCGAGCACAAUGUCGACAGCCCUGUUCACAGCGACGACGGCGACGCCGACUCCGUCGACGAGGCGCCCGUCCGCGUCGGCGUCAGCGACGAGGAGAUGCGCGACUCGGCGCUCGUCGGGCGGCACGUCCCGCUCGCGCGCAUGCAGGACGGCUCCCCGGUGCGCCUCAAGGCGGCGUGCGACCUGCCGAGCGAGGAGAUCGAGACGGACCAGGCGUCGGGCGGUCUGACCAUCCUCGACGACGACGCGUCGUUCCCGCCCUCGCGCCCGGUCGAGCUCGAGUCGGUCGCGCCGGCGCCCGCAGCGCCGCACGCGCAUGCCUUCAUCGGCGCGACGCCGCCGCCUGUCGACGACGAGGACACCAAGGAACAGCGGCCGCCUAUCGUCGACGGCGUCGCGCCGCCGCAGAACCUCGCCCUCGUCCCCGAGUCGGCGCCGCCGAGCCCGCCGCCGAUGCGCGCCGGGGCCCUCGAGCCUGCGCCUGCGCCUGCCCCCGUCGAGCGGCAGCAGGCCCGCGACGCCUCGCCCGUCGCCGCGCUCGAGGUCCCGCACGCGUCGUUCACGCCGUCGGCCCCGGUCGACUCGGCCUUCGACGCCGGCCGCGUUCCGACCGCAUUCGACCUCGCUCGCUCGCCCUCCCCUGCAGCGCCCUCCUCGGCCCUCUCCCCUCGCACCUUCUCGUCGCACUUCCAGCUCGCGCCCGGCCCGACCCCGGCGCUCGACGCGCCGAUCCCGUACCCACCUGUUCACGCCGAGCACAGCGUCGACAGCCCUGUGCACAGCGACGACGAGCGUGUCGACUUGGUCGACGAGACGCCCGUCAGGGUCGGCGUCGACGACGAGGAGAUGCGGGACGAGGCGCUCGCCGGCAAGGCGAGGCCGCUCGAGGAGGCGGUCGAUGCGUCGGGUGCAGCGGGCACGCUCGAGCAGGUCGACACGGAGAUGGGCGGCGAGGAGGACGGCGGCGCGAGCGGGCUGCUCGUCAUCGACGACGACGCGGACGCUUUUGGGUCGGUCGAGCGGGAGCCGGCCGAGGCUGCGACUGCGCCGGCUGAGCCGGUCGAGCCAGUCGACGUCGAGCCAGUCGUCGUCGAGACGAACACGUCCACGUCGACUGUUGUCCGCCCCGACGAGCGACCGCCCAUCGUCGAGGGCGUUGCGCCGCCCCAGAACCCGACCCUCCUCCCCGACCCUUCUCCUCCUACCGCGCCUGCCACGCUCGGCGACGCCCUCUCCCCCGCCGACACCGCGCCUCCUCCUCCCGCAUCGUCGAUCGCGCCCGCCGAGCCGCAGCCUGCCGACGAGGUCCGGUUCGAGGACUUUAUCACGCUCGACGAGUCGGUCGACGAGGACGCCGACAGCGACAGCGGCGACUCGGACGACGACAUCCUGUCGCUCCUCGUACCCGACCGCAAGCGCACUGCCGCGAGCGGCGGCGAGAACGCGGUCGGGCCUGUCCUCGGCCUGCCCGCCGGCGAAGAGGUCGUCACGGGCGACCUGUCGGCGCAGGCGGCGGCCGACGACGAGUCGUCCUCGCCCAGCUCGCCGGUCGAGCCGUCGACCGAGGUCGGCGAGGUUCUUCUCGCGAGUGAGACGGUCGGCGAGACGGCGGUCGAGCCUCUCGAGGCGGGCGAGGACGUCGACGCGGGCGACUUUGGCGACGCCGAGCCGAGAGCGACGUCGCAGGCGCCGUCGUCCGAGCCGAUCAGCUACCGCAGCGAGGACGAGCCUGCGUUCCUCGAGCCCGAGGAGGGAGACGGGUUCGCUGAGGCGGCCAACAACGAUCAGGACGACACGCUUGACACGUCGCUCCUCGUUCACGGCGUCGUCGACCCGGGCGAGUGGGACCCGUCGCAGCCGAUCCAGUUUGGCUCGGCCGACGACGAGCCCGCCGACACGGUCAUGAACGGCGACGACGACGAGAUCGUUGUCGGCCGCAGCUCGUCCGCCCAGCAGGAGGACGGCGCCGACGACGCCCCGCAAGACGCAGCGCCACCUCGCUCGCCCGCUCGCUCCAAGAACGAGAUCCGCCAUCUCGAGACGACGCCUCGCCGUACUCGCUCGGCCGACCUCGCCACGCCGGCGGCUCCUGUCGAAUCGUCACCGGCCCGCCGCUCGACUCGCCUUUCCUCCGUCGUGCACGACACCGAAGCGGCUUCAACGCCAUCGGCGUCGUCGUCUAAGCCGCAGACGCCGGCCGCCAAGAAGCGCUCGAGGAAGGACGACGCCGCCGCAGGCCCCUCGUCGACCGCCAAGCGCGUCCGCCGGUCCGGGCAGCCCAAGCACGGCACCGCGUCUACGAGCGACGAGGACCGCGAGGUCAUCGUCCCGAGCUCGUUGACGCAGCACGGCCCGGGAGCGGCGGCCCGUCACCACCACCACCCGGCGCCGCUCGGCGACGACGAGCGCGCGAGGAGCAGCGACGCGCCGCUCACGCGCUCUCGGUGCGCCUACGUGCGCCUCAAGAUCCGCUCGACCGAGGCGCCUCGCAGCGCGCCGUACCUCGUCCAGGUGCCGUCGUGCGCGUUGACGUCGCCGGUCGCCAAGGAGACGAUGCGGGCGUUCGACAUCGAGAACCUCGGGCCGGUGCAGGACUCGGACGACUGCGACGGCAUCCAGCUCGGCGGUCACGGCGGCGCCGACUCGUACGCCGCCGACUCGCUCCACGAGGCGCUCGUGCCGCACGGCGACGUGCUCGCCGCCCUGCAGCGUCUCGUCGGGCCCGACCUGUGGCACGAGGGCGCGGUCGAGGUCUUGCCUCGCGGCGCCGGCUCGGUGGGCAAGGGGGCGAAGAAGAGGCAGUAGCUGGGACGAGCACGAGGGUCGCACUGUCACGAGAUUAUGCUUGCGCGG